UUCGCCGUCUCUCUUACUGGUUUUCUCUCUCUCUCUGUGUGUGUGUGUGUGUGUUAGGACAAUGUUUUGAUAUUUCUUUUUCUUCCUCCUGCCUUGUCCUUCCCCUGAACAUGAGCAGACGGCAGGACUACAGCACUGCACUUCUACACCGGGAGUUGUACUUUGGCAACGAGUGCUUGAGUAUUUUUCUUGUGGUAUAGAUACCACGAGCGAAGUUUCUUUUGCACCUAAGGAAAGAUCAGGCAGCAUGGAGUGCAGCUCAGAAACCUGCAGCCAGUGAUCAGAUGAAACUUUGGGAAGGUGUGCUUGUGUGUGUGUUUAGAAGUGCUGGGGAACUACUUGGGAGAUGAGUUGACUCGUCAAAACACUACAAGGGAUUUGUUACAUCUUUGCUUCCACUUUUGUGGCACUACAAGAGCGAAGUUACGAUGUCGCUGAAAGCUGUAGCACUUUACACGUUCCAGAGCGAGAACAAAGAGGAGAUCAGCAUACAGGAGAACGAGGAGCUGGUUAUUUUCGACGAGAACUCUGUAGACGGCUGGUUACAGGGUGAAAACAGCCGUGGGGAGAGAGGCCUCUUCCCCGCCUCAUACGUGGAGAUCGUUCGGCCACGUUCCAACUCGAACCUGACUGACUACUCUCUGAGUCCUGCAGGCUCACCUGGCAAGGAGCCCUUCUUCACCCCCAGUACAAACACCGCUUAUUAUGACGAUGACGACGACGACUGGGACGACUGGGACGACAACUCUACGGUGGUCGAGUACGAAGACCCUCGUCGACCGGUGGGUGCGAACGGGCACGAGCAACAGAGCCCGUACCCUAAUCCUAAUGUGCAGUACCGUUCCAGGCCCCACAUGGAGCGCCAGGACAGCAUCUCCAGUUCCAGGAAAGGCAGCAUGGUGGGCCGCAACCUCAAUCGCUUUUCCAGUUUUGUGCGCUCGGGCGUCGAGGCGUUUGUGCUCGGCGAUGUGCCUAUGAUGGCAAAGAUAGCCGAGUCCUACAGCAUCGAAAUGGGCCAACGUGGACCUCAGUGGAAGGAGAGUCCUCAGCCUUUCAUCUGCUCCAUCGAGGAUCCCACCAAACAGACCAAGUUCAAGGGCAUUAAGAGUUACAUUUCCUACAGAGUCACCCCCAGCCACACUGCCAGGCCUGUGUAUCGGCGCUAUAAGCACUUUGACUGGCUGUACAAUCGCCUGUUGCACAAAUUUACCGUCAUUUCCGUACCCCACCUCCCAGAGAAGCAAGCCACCGGGCGCUUCGAGGAAGACUUCAUCGAAAAGAGAAAGCGGCGGCUCAUCCUGUGGAUGGAUCACAUGACCAGUCACCCGGUUCUGUCUCAGUAUGAGGGUUUCGAACACUUCCUCAUGUGUGUCGACGACAAGCAGUGGAAACUGGGAAAGCGUCGUGCUGAGAAGGACGAGAUGGUGGGAGCUCACUUUAUGCUCACUCUCCACAUCCCUAAAGAGCAUCAGGACCUGCAAGACGUCGAGGAGCGCAUCGAUACCUUCAAGGCCUUCGCCAAGAAAAUGGACGACAGCGUCAUGCAGCUGACGCACGUCGCGUCCGAACUGGUCCGCAAGCAUCUCGGCGGCUUUCGCAAGGAGUUUCAGCGCCUGGGUAAUGCUUUCCAGUCCAUCAGCCAAGCGUUCAUGCUGGACCCUCCGUACAGCUGCGAGGCCCUGAACAGCGCCAUCUCACACACUGGUCGGACGUACGAGAACAUCGGGGAGAUGUUUGCAGAGCAGCCCAAAAAUGACCUGUUCCACAUGCUGGAUAAACUAUCGCUGUACCAGGGCUUGCUGUCCAACUUCCCAGAUAUCAUUCAUUUACAGAAAGGUGCAUUUGCGAAGGUAAAGGAGUCCCAGCGCAUGAGCGAUGAAGGGAAGAUGGAUCAGGACGAGGCGGACGGUAUUCGGAAGCGCUGCAGGACGGUGGGCUUCGCCCUGCAGGCCGAGAUGAACCAUUUCCACCAGCGCAGGGAGGUGGACUUUAAAGACAUGAUGCAGGCCUACUUACGCCAGCAGAUCACCUUCUACCAGCGUGUGGUGCAGCAGCUCGAGAGGACCCUGAACAUGUACGACAGCCUGUAGAGCAUGACGGAAACUCAUCCGUUAGAAUGCAGGAACUUUUGUGAGCCCGUGUCAAGAGCUCAUCCUGCUUCUGCACAAGAGCUGCUUACUCUGUCUUUAUCUCCUGGUUUACAAAGACACCCCACCCACAGCUGAGAAAUGACCGAUAGAUUCUUGGACUUGCAGAGAUGGUUACGGAGAUGGUCAGACCUUUUUAGAAUUUAUGCACACGAGGACCAAACACUAGCUCAUGCACUUAAAAUGUCACUUUCUUGGCUGUCUUUCAUGGCCAAAACACAAGAUUCCAGGGACUUGCACAGUUGCCUUGAUAAACACAUCCAUAUAAUUUUAUCUUAUUUUGUUUCACAUAUUCCAUUUAAGUUAAUUAUAUUUGUUAAGUCCUUAAAUCACUUUUUUUUUUCUUGACCUCCCAUACUCCGGCUGAAUAGCUUUUCAUGAGAAAAGUCUCAGUGCCAGCCAUUACCCUGCUAGCAGGCUCAGCAGGUGCCGGAACGAACUGUAUGAGAGUUCACUGUCGAAUUGAACAAAACGAAAAUCGGCUCAGCUGAUGAUCUCGAGCUCACAGAAUCCUACUGGUGGAGGAGGGUGAAGUGUUCAGUCUUUAAAAGUGCUUUCUGAAACACGAACUUGCAGUAGCCAACUUGAAUAAAUUUAUGGCUAGCAUGGAUUUAGCAGAAGUAGCUUUCCAAAUAGGUUUCCUUCCGAUGGAAAUCGAUAAGAGUAGAUCCAUUUCAUUUGGAAUUUGAGAUUAGGUUGUCUGAAAAUAUUCCAAAAUCUGUCUCAAAUCAACAAAAAUAACUGCAAUUUUGCUUUUAUGUUUGCUUUUAUCAGACAACAAAGUGAAACGUGUUGUCUCGCCUGUGACUCGCUAUUACGUCUGACCAUUUAAAAUGGCGAUCGCUCCAAAUGUCUGAAAGAAUGUUUUUCCAUGAAUGAAUUUCGAAACGUCGCCCCUUGUACUGCGGGACUGGUGAACGUACACUGUAUUAACCAUGGGGUUUGGAGUUGUGCUGAUCCUGCUUGUAGAGAAUAACAAGAUGCCUCCUUAUAUAGGAAGUAUUUGAUAGGACUGCCACUUGUAGUGGUAUGUUUUGUGUUUUUUUUUUGUUUGUUUGUUUGUUUGUUUGUUUUUUUACUUUUAGUUAUUCUUUUUAAAUUUUGUGCUUAGAUUUUAACAAAAGAAGGUUAGUGCACUCGGGUGGUGUGCUUCUGAGUAAUAGAUUGUCUAAGAGAGAGUUGAAAUAAAAGAAACGUUAGCUCAUGAUUUUAUUUUAUUUUAUUUGGCGCAGAUGCAUCAUACAUUCGUACAGAUGUUUCAGGUUUAAGUUAGGGGGUGAGGUUACCUUUGUAAUAAUCAAAUGUUUAGUUUUAAACUGUAGCUUAAGUUGUGAAUUUUGGCACAAUUCACAAUUUCAGGUCAUUUACACGUUUCUGUCUUGAGCUCGGACUGCGCUGAAACCAGCUCAGAACUGUUACUGCAGAUGAUCCUUUAUUGGCAAAAUAGAGGCUUCUACCACUACAUAUGCAAGACAUACAUUUAAUAAGGUUCUUUGGUGGUGUUUUUGCUCCUCCUAGUCUAUCUUAGAGCUUUAUGCUUAAGAUGGCCUCAUACCACAAUAUCAUAAUUUGUAUAAUAGAUUACAAGGGGUCAACCCCCACUCCCCCAUCCCGCUGACAUUUUGCUUGAUUUGCAGCACAGUGAAAUAUACAGUAGCUGAAGGAAAGCAGCAUUAAGGUAUUUCAUUACUGGCAUUUCACCCACUUGAAAAUAAGAAACUGUUUGGGAAAAGAAGGCCAUGGAGUGGAUCUAGUUAGUGAAUCAGGACUGUUUGUGUCCAUUUGGCCAAUGAAGCACAUUCUUAGAUGGAGAUGAUUUUUGAGUAACGGGGGAAAUAAAGUGUCCCUCCCUUCAUUGCAAGCUGUGUAAUUGCUAUCAGACCAAAGUAUCACCGUUUCUAGUUGUAGUCAAAUAAAUAAGGACUGUUUUUCCACAUCUUUCCAGUAUGUUUGUGACCACAUUUGGGUGUGACAUGGGUCAGAAAAUGCUGAAAACAUGGCACAGUGGAAACGGUUGAGACGGCAGAAUAAACACCGAGGAAGACGAAGGUCUGCUGGAAUGAUGGCAACUGGUUGAUCAUAGUAGAAGAAAGAAAGUAGGGCUGUACAGUACUAAAACCCUGCUGAGUAAGAUCUCCAAGGGACCACAAGCUUCAUAUGGAUUAUUUGGACACUAAAAUGAUGUGAGUUUUUGUUUUUGUAAAAUGUGUGUGAAUUCUGUUUUUUUUAGAAAGAAAAACGGAACAUUGUUUCCACUACAGUCAUGCUGAGUCUUAAUAAUAAUAAAAAAGUAAUCCUCGAA